AUGGACGUGUACCAGCAGCACCAGCACCAGCAGGACUCGCUGGCCGUUGCCCAGAAUGGCAACGCGGCCGACGACGACGACAUCGAGGACGAUGGCGACCUGGAUGACGACAUGAUGGAUCGCAUCUCGAGUUCGCCUUCCAUCGAAGACGCCCUCACUCCCCGUCUCCCACUCCAGCUCCCAGCACGCCAGACACAGACUUUUUGCACCAGAUUCGCGAUGCCCAUCAUCAUCAUCAUCUUCUUGCGGGACCCAGCGGGCUACUGUGUGGACACUGUUGAGCACGAGACGUAUGAGGCGGAACGCGACUGUGAUCGCGGCUGCGACUGCGACAACGGCCAAGACCUUUGCGCGCACCAGAACGAAGCCGACACCGAAGCCGAUCCCGACGCCGACGCUGAUCUAUCGCUCACGAUACCCUACAACAAAUCCUUUGAAGAUGAUGAUGAUUCCGACUUCUCCCUCCCCGACGACCCACGCUUCAUUGACUAUGGCUGGGCAGCAGAGUGCUUACAUGAACCAGAGGACAUUGAUUUCGAAUUCGUCUACGCCCUCCACACCUUUGUAGCUACCGUCGAGGGCCAAGCCAAUGCGACUAAGGGUGACACCAUGGUUCUGCUGGAUGAUAGCAACAGCUACUGGUGGCUGGUCAGAGUGGUCAAGGAUAGCAGCAUUGGCUACCUGCCGGCCGAACACAUUGAGACGCCUACCGAGAGGCUGGCUCGUCUGAACAAGCACAGGAACAUUGAUCUCUCCGCCUCCAUGUUGACCGAUCAACAGCCGCCCAAGCAAAAGAGCGGCUUCUCCAUUGGCAUCAAGAAAAAGGCGACGGUCGUCUUUACAGAGCCCACCUACUUCGACUACUCUGACCACGACUACUCCUCGGAAGAGGAAGAUGCCGACGAGGCGUCGGAGCCUGUCAAGCAGAAGAAGCAGGCGCCCUCAGGAGACGACGAGGAUGCGACAGAUGAGAGUGCUCGCGUGGAGCCGCUCAAGCCCAACAAGCCCAAAACUGCCAAGCCCUUGGAGCAGACCCAGGACGAUUCGUCAGACGACGAGGACCUGCGAGGCGGCAGCCUCGAGAUUGUGGAGAAGCGAGACGGGCCCAGCAUAUCUCGCAACGGUAACAUCAGGAACACCGAUUCUUUCUUCAAGGACGAAACGACGGAGACCAAGAAGAUUACCCUCACGCCGAACCUGCUGCGGGAUGACGGCCCCCGGGAGUCCACCGACUCCAUGUCGUCUGGCAAGCCCCGGACCAGCCUGGACAGGUUCGAAAAGGAGCUCAUGUCGGACAAGGACAGGAAGAAGAGCAAAGACAAGGACAGGAGGGACAAGGACAAGAAGCCCGGCGGUUUGCGAGGCUUCUUCUCCAGAAAGGACAAGAAGCAGUCGCCCGACGACAGGCCCGAGGGCGAGUCCCGCGACAGCGAGGAGCGCCACUCGGAGGACCAGUCGUCUCCCGAAAAGCCCAGGCAGCCCGCCAAGCUGCACAAGCAGCAAGCCCGCGUCGAGCCCACCGUUAACAACAAGGCGCCCCAGGCUUCAACCGUGGAGCUUGCUUCUUACCUGGCUGAGAGCCGUAUCAACGACGUCUCCAAUGUGCCCCCGCCUUCAAUGCGCAUCGUCAACCCAGAGACCAACGAGACGCAAGAGGUGCCGUCACACCAGCCGCCCCGUGGUCGUCCCUCUCUGGAAACGACGUCUCCCACCACCCGCCGUGGACCAGAGGUGGCCAUCAGCCCGCGGUCGGCCACCGCACCCCGCGCGCUCAACCACCUGGACCUGUCCGACUCGGAAGAGUCAGACGAUGGCGACGCCAUCUUGGACAGGAUGCCCCAGCCCAACUCAUCCACGCCCAUCAGGACCACCAAGGCUCCGCAGGACGAGGAGGUGGAGGAGCCCAUCAUCCCGGGCUCUUUCCCCGACGGCAACCCAUCCGCUGCUGCUGAUCAGUCUCCCGUUUCACAGCCAACACCGGCCCAAUCCGGCGCUCGCUCGCACUCGGUAUCUCCCGUGUCGCCGGUCACCUCGUCGGAGCCUCCUGCUCUCAUGGUGGACACUUCGUCUCCAGAUGACCGGUCGCCCUCCGCAUCGCCCUCCCCCGAGCUUACCCAGUCGGCCGAGGACAGGUCCAAGAGCAGCUCCUCUUCCACAGGCAGCAAGGAGCAGACCUGGGACGACAUGAAGCUGCAUGCCUUCUUCAACGAGCCCGACCACGUCCGCGAUCUCUUGGUCGUCGUGUACGACAAGACGGACGUGGUGCCCGCGAGCAGCGACCACCCGGUCGUGGGGGGCUUGUUUCGGGAGCAGAAUGCCAAGUUGGCAGAGAUUACGACGCAACUUGACAACAUGCUUGGAGAUUGGCUGGCCAGGAAACAGCGAACUCGGGGCUCCCGCUGA